AUCGAUAAGUGAGAUAAGUUAGAUACGAUGUACAUCGAUAUUUAAAAUCAAGCCACACUUUAUGUAUGUAAGAAGGUUCUAUUCAAAUCAAAUCAAAUGUAUGGUCGAGGCGCAAAUCAUGUGCCCCACAAACGGUGACAUUGCACGACGGGUAUCCGACGAAUAGACUUGGCUGGCUGGAUUUAAUAGAAGGUGUGGUGCAGGUAGCACAGGUAGUGCAGGUGCUCUCCUCUUUCGCCGCUCGGGGUUUAAGACGCUAAAGGACUGCUGUCAAUUCCAUUUACAGAUUUAUUCCAGACCUAUGUGUCCCUGAACCUGUCCCUGAACCCGACACCGUAGAUAAUCGUCCAAUGUUGUGCCACCAGCUGCGAUACUCUAAAUCUUGAUAAAAACAUUACAUUUUGAAUCCUGAAUUGUCAAUCGCCUGCCGACCGACUCUCGGACCUCGACACGAACCCUUCUUUUUUCCGCGUCGCUGUCCCUCCACCCCCUGUCUCCCGCUUGCCCUGGUCACGCUCGACCAUGUUCAUAGACUGACCUGGUCUAUCAUGAGAGCCGCAUUUUCGAGCGUGCUUCCUCUCGGUAUUGGACCUAAAUACUUGGAUUCGACUUCUUUUUAUAUAAACUAGUUCCACGUAUCGCCAUUGUUUAUACAAGCGGAUGCGACGGAGAUAGCGGGUGUCGUGUAAGAAUAGGGGGAAUCGUUGUUGCGACUACACCAUGGCUUCCUCCGCGGCGGCCGGCUUUCUUGGCCGGUCGAGCAGCAGCAACUCAAACAUGCGUGGCCUCGUUCAAUUUAUCGCGGACCUGAGAAAUGCGAGAGCUAGGGAUCUGGAGGAGAAAAGGAUCAACAAGGAGUUGGCAAAUAUUCGACAAAAGUUUAAGGACGGUAAUUUGAGCGGCUACCACAAGAAGAAAUACGUUUGCAAAUUGUUGUAUAUUUAUAUCCUAGGUUGGAAUGUCGACUUCGGACACCUCGAGGCUGUCAACCUGAUUUCGGCGAACAAGUAUUCCGAGAAGCAAAUCGGAUAUCUAGCCAUGACGCUCUUCCUGCACGAGAAGCACGAGUUAUUACACCUAGUUGUAAACAGCAUACGGAAGGACCUCCUCGACCACAACGAGCUCUUCAACUGCUUAGCUUUACACGCGAUCGCGAAUGUAGGAGGUCGUGAGAUGGGAGAGGCUCUGAGCGCAGAGGUUCACAGGCUCCUGAUUUCGCCGACUUCGAAGGCGUUCGUGAAGAAGAAGGCAGCCCUUACUCUCCUCCGUCUAUAUCGCAAGCACCCGGAUAUAAUCCAACCGCAAUGGGCAGAACGGAUAAUUUCUCUUAUGGAUGAUCUCGAUCUCGGGGUGGCCCUCUCGGUCACGUCACUCGUCAUGGCUGUCGCGCAGGAUAACUCGGAGCAGUAUAAGGGUGCCUACGUUAAAGCUGCGUCGCGGAUGAAGCGAAUAUUGAUCGAUGGGGAUUAUACUGCUGACUACUUGUACUACAAAGUCCCAUGUCCUUGGAUACAAGUCAAACUACUGCGGUUACUGCAAUAUUUCCCGCCCUCAGAGGAUAGCCAUGUCCGAGAAAUGAUCCGAGAGUCGUUACAGAAGAUUCUGAAUCUAGCAAUGGAGACGAAUAAGAACGUCCAGCAGAACAACGCUCAGAAUGCUGUAUUGUUCGAGGCUAUUAACCUCAUCAUCCAUCUAGACACGGAACAUGCGUUAAUGAAGCAGAUAUCUACCCGCCUGGGCCGUUUCAUUACGUCUAGGGAGACAAAUGUGCGGUACCUGGGACUGGAGGCUAUGACGCAUUUAGCGGCUCGAGCUGAGAAUCUCGAUCCUAUCAAGCAGCACCAAGAAGUGAUUCUCGGAUCUCUUAAGGACCGUGAUAUUAGCGUUCGCAGAAAGGGUCUCGAUUUGCUAUAUAGUAUGUGCGAUUCGACCAAUUCUGUGCCGAUAGUAUCGGAGCUACUUCACUAUCUACAGAACGCCGACUUUGCGAUCCGAGAAGAGAUGGCUUUGAAGAUUGCAAUCUUGACGGAGAAGUAUGCUACCGACAUCCAAUGGUAUAUUAAUGUCUCUCUUCGUCUGGUGGCUAUCGCAGGUGACCAUCUGAGCGACGAGGUCUGGCAGCGAGUGAUCCAGAUUGUGACGAACAACGAGGAGCUACAAGUCUACGCGGCGCACAAUACGUUGCAGCAUGUCAAGCAAGAUCACUGCCACGAGACUCUAGUGAAAAUCGGAGCCUAUAUCCUCGGAGAGUUUGGUCACUUAAUUGCAGAAGAGGCUGGCUGCAGUCCCAUAGAGCAAUUUAUGGCAUUGUCACGAAAGCUACCUGCUUGUUCCUCGAGUACCCGUGCCAUGAUUCUCUCUUCGUUCGUCAAAUUUGUCAAUUUAUUCCCUGAGAUCAAACCGCAACUUCUACACGUCUUUGAGCUAUAUAGCCAUACGCUAGACCCGGAGCUACAACAACGAGCUUUUGAGUACUUGACUCUUACAAGCCUUCCGACAGACGACUUACUUCGAACGGUCUGCGAUGAAAUGCCGCCAUUCCCCGAGCGACAGUCUGCACUCUUGUCAAGACUCCACCAGAAGCACGCUGGUACUAGUGAUAAGCGAACCUGGGUGGUUGGUGGCAAGGACGCAAACAGCGACGCUGUGGAGUUGAAUAUGGCCAAGAACCCUGGUCUUAGGAGGACUUUCAGUUCUAACGGCCCAGUGAAUGGUAAUGGCUCGGCUAAUGGCUCGGCAAACGGUUCCAACGGCCAUUCUAACGAUCUUGCCGGUCUUGACAUGAAUGCGGGGCCUGUUCCCGAGAAGCUGCUUAAGGUGCCAAACUUGGCCAGCGCCGCGCAUCUGUCACCAGGCUGGGAAUCGGGAUACAAUAAGUUGCUACUUAAAGCUGACGGUGUGCUCUUCGAAGAUGGACAGCUUCAAGUUGGUAUCCGCUCCGAAUACAGAGGGCAGAUGGCAUGUCUUAUCUUAUAUUUCACGAACAAGACUCCGGCUACAGUGAGCUCCUUUACAACAACGCUAGACUUGGACGAGAGCGAGAAAGAGAAUCUAACAUGGGACGUCAAAUCUAUGCCUGAGAGUUCUAUCAUGCAAGGCGCGCAAUCACGAUUGAUCAUCAUGUUCGAGGCGAAGAAAGUGUUCACGAAGAGCCCUACCAUUAGGAUAAGUUACCUCGCGGGAGCCUUACAAGCCCUUACGUUGAAGCUCCCGCUUACGGCCCAUAAGUUUAUGGAUCCUGCGGAUCUCACAGCAGAUGACUUCUUUAAGAGAUGGAAGCAAAUCGGUGGUCCACCGCGCGAGGCCCAGCAAAUUAUCGGCCUUGCUCCCGGUAAAUCUAAGUCGCGAGAAAUAACGGAAGACUUCGUUCGCAAGACGAUCCAGGGGUUCCGUUGGGGUAUACUUAACGGAGUUGACCCGAAUAGCAAGAAUUUUGUCGGAGCCAGCGUGCUCCACACCGCUGAAGGAGGCAAGUUUGGCUGUCUAAUGAGACUGGAGCCAAAUUAUACUUCACAGAUGGUUCGACUGACGGUCCGCGCCACGGAUGAAAGUGUGCCCCCCGUACUACUGAAGCUGAUGGAAGAGAGGCUAUCAGUAGGAAUUUCCACAGCGCCAGAAUUUCGCGAUGCGCCAACACGCCGAGAGAUAUCGGAUACCUUUGCUAAUGUAAUGGUUCAAUAAGGUAUUACCGGCAAGAGAGGGGAUGAGAGGGGAAGAGAAAGUGAAAGAGGAUGGUAAUUGGUCGGAAGGGGACUUGAGAUGAGGAGGUAUGAUACCGUUGGGAAACUAAGUUAAGCAAUUAUGCGGUUUUGUGCAUUUCCAGCCCGAGCGAAAAAGGAGUUCGUAGGUAACACAUGAUCUUACAUGUAUCAAGCAAAGACGGCUGUGUUGCUAGAAGUGAAUGAUUGCCCCCUUAUCUACCCCCUUAUACGAUGGCAGAUAGUCUUUGUACGUAGGUAGUUGUUGUGUUAUUAUUCGCUCGUGAAGGUGAAGUCCUCACAAGAUUAGACUGUUUUAGUCCCCAUUGUAAUGUUCACAUAGUUGAUUACCUGCAGUGUAGGGGGGAAUGUUGCCCAUCAUGGCUUCCUGCUUGUCUAGGGGCCCAUGGGGAUCGUGACUGCAUUUAUAGCAGAUUCGUGUAAUAUAGUUUCUGCAGCAUCAG